UUUCUUACUUUUUAACUACUUCAUUAAUUAUAUUUACUAUAAUAUUUUGACUGUAUUUAUUUUACAUAUUAACUAUAAUAAUUUGACAUAUUUGAAUGAAAAUACUUUAUUUGUGACAAGAAUUUAAAAUGGUUAACAAUUUUUUUUUUUUUAUGUUUACAUAAUCAAGUAGACAUACACAUUCGGGUACCUAUUCAGCUACGGCUUAUUUCUUUUGGAUAUCAGAUUUUUUUGAGUUUUGAAACUAUGCUUCAUUCCGGUAUUAUAAAUUUUCAUGUGGGCUUCGAAUCGGGUUUUCCCAAGUCAAGAUGAAUUUAGUUUAGAUAUAUAGAAACCUACAAAUAUCCAAAAUCUAAUGUAUCUAAGAUCGGUUCGGAUAUUUGUACCAAAUGUAACAAUAUUAAUUGAUUCAGUUCGGGUAUUUUGAAUUUAAAGUAAACUUAACCUAAAAUAACCAAAUAACCAAAAGUAAUCAUAUUACCCUAUUUGAUUCGAGUUCGAUUCGGAUUAUAAAAACCUAAAAAUAUUUAAAUGCUUAUACAAUUAAUUAUAUCAUCACACAUAUAAAAUAUAAUACUGAUCAUGCAAAAAAAAAAAUCAAUUUAUAGAAAUAAAAAUUAACACCCGCACGGACGUGCGGAUCAAUCUCUAGUAUUAUUUUAUUUCUCAAAUUAUAUCAGUCCCCUUACCUUUAGUGCUAAAUUAUUCAUGGACUUUUCGGUCUCUUUCUCAUGUAUCACAAUCCACCACUCCUUUUGUUCUAAUUUUUAAUUUAUUUCCACAUUAAUACUCUGCUCUAUCGAAGGAAAGCGAAUAUACCGUCAAUGAGGAAAAUGCCAACAUUUCCUUUGUGAAAAUUGGAAGGAAAAACCUGAAUAGAGAAGAGAGUUAAGAACUUAAAACUGAUAACCAAAAAGGGAGAAAAAUAAAGAAGUUGACAGCUGUGGGAUUUGAACCCACGCCCUUUCGGACCAGAGCCUAAAUCUGGCGCCUUAGACCACUCGGCCAAACUGUCGUUGUUAGAAUAGCCUGUUUAUUUGUUAUAUUAUUGUACGAAGGUUAGCUACCUUUGGCUAUUAAAUUUGGACAAUAAUUUGAUAAUAAAAAAACUCUUAUAUGUGACUAUGUUCUUAGAAAUAUACCUGUCUUCUAAGAAUUGAGCUGUACUUAUUUAAAACUAUUGAGAACUUUUUAUAUUAUUGGGCAUGAGAUCGUUGUACAAUAAGUCCUUUGGGUUAUCCAAUCUAUGAACUAUGAACUACAAAACUUCAGUAAUCUCAUCAUGAAGAUGUCUCUAUUCGUGCCGAACUCUUCCUCUACCUGCGUCUUCCAUGUCACCAACUUCAUUAGCACCACCCUGAAAUCCCUCUUCUCGUUCACAUUAUAUGCGUAUUGUGUGGACAACAUCCAAAUUAUAUGUAACUAAGACAAGUUUCAUUACUGUAGAUUAAUAUGCAAGGAAUUUGAAGCUUGAGAAGCAAGAAACUUGAAUGGUCUUGAGUUCAAAUCCCCACAUACGAAGAAGUUCGGUUUUAGGGUUUACUGUCACUAGACAAAGGAAAUGUAACUCGGAUAGUCCUAAGUUCAAUCCUCCAGAUAGAUAAAAAGAACCAUAUUAAGGGCCAUAAAAUGUCUUGUGCUUUGUAUUGGACAGUUAUAAAAGCAAGGUAACCGGGCUGUCAUACAACAAAAAUAAAAUAUCAUUAAAAAAAAUCUAACUGAAUUGGAAAUUAAAUUUUAAUCUGUGAUUAUUUUCCAUAAUAAGCAUUCAAAUUUUCAAUCAUUACCAAGAGAUACGUGUGUACAUAAGAUUCAAAUCCCCCAGAAUCAGUAAAAUCAAAGGAAUUUGUUUCCGUUGACUAGUUAUCUUUCUUAUAUAGAGAGUAUGUUAUUACUGUCCUCUUUUAAUUUUGGAAAAAUAACAGCAAUUAGUUUCCUUUGUUUUCUUUUUGAGAAAGAUUUGUUUCCUUUGUUACUAACCAAAGUUGUUAACUAUUCCAAAAUAUGAAAUAUAAAUACUACUAUGACCUCCUAAAGCUUCAUCACCAUCACGUAAUCAACUUGUAAUGAACAAUGUCUCUAGUCAAAAGACUCAAACCCAGCAUCUUAUUAAUAUUUGCAAUCGCUCUUUCCUGUAAUUUCAUUCUUCCAUCUUUAGCCCAAGACUGGAAACAAGAAUUCCUAGAGGCACAUAACGAAGCCCGGCACGAGGUUGGGGUAGAGCCAUUGGUUUGGAGCGAUGAGGUCGCUGCUUAUGCCUCGAGCUAUGCAAACCAGAGAGUCAGUGAUUGUGCCAUGGUCCAUUCGAAUGGACCGUUUGGAGAGAACAUAGCAUGGAGUAGCGUAGAUAUGUCGGCUGAGGAUGCUUCGGAAAUGUGGAUCGACGAGAAGAAGUACUACGACUACGAUAGCAACACUUGUAAUGAUCCAAACGGUGGUACUUGUCUGCAUUACACACAAGUGGUUUGGAGAAACUCUCUUCGAUUGGGAUGUGCUAAAGUGGUGUGUAACAGUGGUGGUACUUUUAUUACAUGCAACUAUGAUCCUCCUGGUAAUUACAAUGGAGAAAAACCAUAUUAAUGAUUUUUCAAUGAUAUGAAAUGAAUUACUUUUAU